GUGGCAAUUCUUCAGCUCGGUGAAGAAGCUAGCCCAGCCCUGUCACUUGCAGGCCCUCUAAGCGACGAGGCAUGUUGACCAUCCCUGGAGUCGCCGGAAGAUCGCUCUCCAGUCAAAUAAGUUGCACAAUUAAACAGACAUAUCAUUUCAUCCUCUGCCUGCCCCUUUGAGCUUGUGCCUGCAUAGAGAUCAGACUGCUGCCCUUGGUGUCUGUGGGAGUCUGAAGUAUAUCUGGCCAGUCUACUCAUUGUGUUCAGGAACUCUGGUGUUGGAAGCAUGAUGGAAGCAAAUGUCGUUCCUCAGAUCCAUGUUCAGUCUUCUCUAUACCCAGCAUCUCCUGAGAAAGAGCACACAGGGAAAGAAGGGCUGGACAAUGAGUUCUUGACAAACUUGAUACAGGAGCUGGUGUCAUUCGAAGAUGUGACUGUGCAGUUCACAGAGGAGGAGUGGGCUUUGCUGGAUCCUUUACAAAGAACCUUGUACAGGAAGGUAAUGCUGGAAAACUGGAAGAACCUGGCCUCACUCGGGUAUUGCCUUGAUAAACCAAAUCUGAUUUCCCAGUUGGAGCAGGAAGACAAGGCUAUAACAGAGGACAGAGGAAGUAUUUCAGGCAUUUCUCCAGAUUCGGAGACUGUACUUAAAGCCAAAUGGCUAACUCCUGAAAAGCUGAUUUCUAGAAAAGAACAUGCUAAUAAUGAAAAAACAGUAAAACUGGAGGAAAGAGAUCAUCAUGGAAUGAAAGUCAAUGAAUGCAAUCAAUGUUUUAAAGUCUUCAGCACGAAAUCUAACCUUACUCAGCACAAAAGAAUUCAUACUGGAGAAAAACCCUACGACUGUAGUCAGUGUGGAAAAUCCUUCCGCAGUAAAUCUUAUCUUACUGUUCACAGAAGAAUCCAUAAUGGGGAGAAACCAUUUGAAUGCAAUCACUGUGGGAAAGCAUUUAGUGAUCCCUCAUCCCUCAGACUUCAUGUAAGAAUUCACACUGGGGAAAAGCCCUAUGAAUGUAAUCAGUGCUUUCAUGUCUUCCGUACCAGUUGUAACCUCAAAAGCCACAAGAGAAUUCACACAGGGGGUGAGAAUCACCAUGAAUGUACUCAGUGUGGAAAGGCCUUCAGUACAAGGUCCUCUCUCACUGGACAUAAUAGUAUUCAUACUGGAGAAAAACCCUUUGAAUGCCAGGAUUGUGGGAAAACCUUCAGGAAGAGCUCGUACCUAACCCAGCACUUAAGAACUCACACUGGAGAGAAGCCCUAUGAAUGUAAUGAGUGUGGGAAGUGCUUCAGCAGUAGCUUUUCUCUAACUGUCCACAAGAGAAUACACACUGGAGAAAAACCAUAUGAAUGCAGUUACUGUGGAAAAGCUUUUAAUAAUCUCUCAGCUGUAAAGAAGCACUUAAUGACUCAUACUGGGCAAAAGCCCUAUGGAUGUAAUGAUUGUGGGAAAUCUUUCACCAGUAACUCCUACCUCUCUGUGCACAAAAGAGUACAUAAUAGAUGGAUAUGAAUGGUGGUGAGAAAUUACUGAAAGAAAGUUUUGUUGAUCCUAAGAUAAUGGGAGAAUUUUCAUCAGGUACACAAAUUAUCUAUUGCAGUAUAAUAUAUACUCAUCCCAAAUUUUGUGGCUUUAAACAAAUACCUCACAUUUUAUAGGUCAGGAAUAUGAGGGCACCUUAGUUGGGUAGUUCUUCCUCAGGUCUUCUCAUGAGCUUACAUUCAAGACAUCAAGCAGAGUUUCAUCUUCUAAAGUUGUUAUUGGAGGAAUCACUUGGAUGGCUCAUCACAUGGCUGGGAAUUUACUGUUGGUUAUUGACAACCUUCACUGACUUAACAUGUAUAUAGGCCUCUCCACAUGAUUACAUUUCUUUAUAAUAUGGCAAAAAUCCCCUACCCCAAGUGUUCCAAGAGUAACAAGUUCAAAAAAUUAAAUAUUUAUGACCUUGUCUUCAAAAGAUAUAGUUUCACUUCUUCUCUGUUGUAUUCAUCAAACACAGACCAGCCUUGAUAUAACAAGGGAGAAAACUACAGAAUAUCUGAGGUUCAGGAGACAGCUCUCUGGAACCAUCUGAGAAACCUACCAUGAAAUUAAUGAAGUCUAAUACGCCUUUAUCCUUUCAAUCAGUAUGAAAUAACAUUCAGUAAAUUGUUAAAUCUCUCUGCAGAAACAUCUGUGUGAUAAUGUUUUUUAGUUCACUUAUCAUAAGGUGCCCCAAAGAUGAUGUGUUGGGAAAACCUGGUGAGUAGAAUAGUGGUCACAUGGUGAUUGUCUUCAGUGAUGUCAGUCAUAUUAGUCUUUCUUGUGGGAAAUCACACAAUUAAGGAACAGAGAAAUUCAGGAAACUGCAACAAAGUGUUCACAUUGCUCACCACAGAUAAUGAGUCGCUCUGAUGUAAUAAUGGGAAAUCGUUAACUGUUUUCCUUUCUUAAAGAGGUAUGAGAAUGCUUUUUGAUAAGCCCCCCUGAGUAUCAUAGCCAUUGGCAAGCCCUCAAGGUUUCCUGUGAUGUAGGAAAACAACUGGCAAAUUCCUCUUAAGCACAUAAAUUUGAGGAACACUUAGGAAAUGAAGAAAUGCGUGCCAGCCACAUCAGUUUUCUGCUGAGUAACUGUGUAAUAAAGUUUAUACUGGAAAUGAAA